AUGCAGCUUGACAAGACGACUCUCUCUCUCUCUCUCUCUCUCUCUCUCUCUCUCUCUCUCUCUCUCUCUCUCUCUCUCUCUCUCUCUCUGACCAGAGCACUGUACGGUGAUGCCUUUGAUAGCCUAAGUGAUGCCUUCGUUCGCGUACGUAAUGCCUUCGUUCGCCUAAGUGAUGCUUUCGUUCGCCUAAGUGAUGAUUUCAAUCGCCUACGUGAAGCCUUCGAUCGCCUAGGUGACGCUUUCGAUCAACUACGUGAUGCCUUCGAUCGUCUACAUGAUUUCUUCAGUCGCCUGGGGGACGCUUUCAAUCACCUACGUGAUGCCUUCGGUCGCUUAUGUAACGCUUUCGAUCGCCUGCGUGAUGCUUUCGUUCGCCUAAGUGACGCCUUCGAUCACCUACUUGAUACAUUCAUUCGCCUAAGUGAUACAUUCGAUCGCCUACGUGAUGCCUUCGAUCGCCUACGUGAGGCUUUACGUCACCUACAUGAUGCCUUCAAUCGCCUACGUGAGGCUUUACGUCAUCUAUAUGAUGCCUUCGAUCGCCUACAUGAUGUCUUCUGUCACCUAGGUGACAAUUUCAAUCACCUACGUGAUGCCUUCGAUCGCCUACGUGAUGUCAUGGGUCGCCCACGUGAUGCCUUCGGUCACCUAGGUGACGCUUUCGAUCAACUACGUGAUGACUUCGAUCGCCUAUGUGAUGCCUUAGGUCGCUUAAGUAAUGCUUUCGAUCGCCUACGUGAUGCUUUCGAUCGCCUAGGUGAUGCUUUCGAUCAACUACCUGAUGCCUUCGUUCGCCUAAAUGAUGUCAUCGAUCGCCUACGUGAUGCCUUUGAUCACCUACGCGAUGCCUUCGAUCACCUACAUGAUGCCUUCGAUAGCGUACGUGAUGCAGUCAUUCGCCUAAAUGAUGCCUUCGUUCGCCUAGGUGACGCUUUCAUUCACCUACGCGAUGCCUUCGAUCACCUACAUGAUGCCUUCGAUCACCAACGCGAUGCCUUCGAUCGCCUACGUGACGCUCUCGAUCGCCAACCUGAUGCCUUCUAUCGCUUACGUGAUGCUUUCGAUCGCCUAGGUGAUGCUUUCGAUCACCUAGGUGAUGCUUUCGAUCACCUAGGUGAUGCUUUCGAUCGCCUACCUGAUGCCUUUGUUCCCCUACGUGAUUCUUUCCUUCGCCUAAGUGAUGCCUUCGAUCGCCUAUGUGAAGCCUUCGAUCGCCUAUGUGAAGCCUUUGAUCGCCUAAGCGAUGCCUUCGGUCGCCUAGGUGAUGCUUUGGAUCACCUACGUGUUGCCUUCGAUUGCCUAAGUGAUGCCUUAGAUCGCCUACGGGAUGCCUUCGAUUGCCUGGGUGAUGGUUUAAAUAUGUCUCUCUCUCUCUCUCUCUCUCUCUCUCUCUCUCUCUCUCUCUCUCUCUCUCUCUCUCUCCCCAUAUAUAUUAGUCUCUUCGUAUCUAUCUAUAGCUAUUAUCCAUUUAUUCACAUCUCCCCCUCUCUCUCUCUCUCUCUUCUCUCUCCUCUCUCCCCCCCUCGCCCCCCUCUCUCUCUCUCUCUCUCUCUCUCUUCUCUAAGUUAUUUAUUUAACCCAGAUAAAACUGCUUUCCUUCUCCUUCCGCCUCACCUGCUAUCCUCUUUCGCCUCAUGUGGUAUCCUCUUCCGCCUCACCUGCUAUCCUCUUCCGCUUCACCUGCUAUCCUCUUCCGCCUCACCUGCUAUCCUCUUCCGCCUCACCUGCUAUCCUCUUCCGCCUCACCUGCUAUCCUCUACCGUCGCACCUGGUAUCCUCUUCCACCUCACCUGCUAUCCUCCCCCGCCUCACCUGCUAUCCUCUUCCGCCUCACCUGCUAUCCUCUUCCGCCGUCACACCUACGUGGCGUGCCGCACCGUUUGGGAAUCACUGUAUUACAAUGUCAUCCAUUGGAUUCUUUUUUUUUCUUUUUUAGAAGAUCAUUACUUUCUGUCCCGUAGUGAGAAUAUCUAUUACAAAUAA